UCUUGGAAACCACUCGACGGAGGCCAUGGGGGAGACGGGCCUCUUUGCCGUUGCUCAGUCCUUGGUCAUGAUGAAGGGAUUACUGGACCGGUGUCUCAACCGUGAGAGUACCUUGGACCGGGUGCGCGCGAAGGCGGAGCAGACGGAGGAAGAGCUCGGACAACUCCAUAAAUGGAGGUCCAAGAUGGAGAAGAAGCUGGAGCUUUCUGAGAAGGCAAGGAAAGAGCUGGAGGAGAAGACGGUUGCUGCGUUGACGGUCAUUGAGAAGAGGGAGGCGGAGAUUAAAGAACUCAAGGAAGAGAUCCGUCAUGUGAAAGAGGUAGCAGUCGAGGAGUACCGCAGCUCAGAGUCCUGCUUGGGCGAGCUGUCAGAUUCUUUCCUUCAAGGCUUCGAUGAUUCUCUCCGUCAGGUCAAGAAGGCCUAUCCAGAGCUGGAUUUGUCAAUGGUCAAACUUGAGGACCAAGCCCAGACUUCUGCCCUCCCCGUCGCCUCCGAAAAUACGGAGGACCUCUUUGGCGAAGACGCUGUUCAAGGAGACGGAGAGUCCGUCCCGUCGAAGGAUGUCCAAGUCGCUGAACAAAAGAAAGAUUAAUGUCUAUGUAAUUUAUUUUGAGAACCAUCCGUCCCUUUUUUUUUUUUUU